GCAUGGUACAGGAGUAAGCAAUCCACGCAUCCUCGCGCAAGCAUAGAAACCAUAUGCCGAGGCCUCCGUAGGCCUUGCUUAGGUGCGUACGCUUUCGCUUCAGGAUGGGACAUGCACAGUAUAUACCUGCAUAUUUGUCCAGAGUUGUAAAUAAGGAGCUUUGCGGUUCCAGCAUACGCGCUUAGCUUUCCUGCUGUACCGUGCAAGAAAACUUCGGUGCAUACAGGGUCGGAUACCGGGUCCAUCGUGACGGUCGCCCGCGGGGUCCUAAGCUGUUGCCAUGUCUUCCAUCCGGAAUAGAACAUUCCCGGCUUUGGUGACAAGAGCAAAUGACAGAUACUACCUGGACCUCACGGUGACAGGGGCACCGCAUCGCGUCCGUGUACCUCCGCCGCAAAGCGUGCUCGAACACGGUCCGCUCUCCGACGCUUGGCCGAGCUACUCCUUUCAGGCCUUGCUAGUCGCUUCUGAGUACUGCGCCGCAUUGUUGGAGUUCCUGGAAUGGGCCGUUCCCCCGGGAUUCGACGCCCACAAACCCCUCGUAGCCGAGUACGCGCGCCAGCUCAUCAGCAACCCCGCCGCGCCGGUGCUGCCGCCCGCUGACACCGCCUGCUGGUCCACCUACUCCGUUUGGUCCGCCUUCACCUACUGCUACUUCCAUGGCACCGCCCACUUGCUGCACAGCGGCAGCAACAUCACCACCAACAGCAGCAGCAGCAACGGCAACAACGGCAACCCCGCAGACCCUGAGGAGGUCGAGGCGCUGCGCUGGCUGCGACGCCUGGUGGGGGAACAGGGCUGGCGCCCCGACGGCGCGGUGUUCCAGGCCGCACAGCGCUGGGUGGGCCGCAUGCGGGAGCGACUGGCGCCCUUCUUCCCGCGCGUCGCCCUCACCGGUGCCCAGGCGGUGACGGCGCAGCAGUGGCCCGGUCUGGGGCUGGGCGGCUGGGAGCGCAGCAUUGCUCCGCUGCGGCGCAGCGGCGGGGCGCAGGACCGCAAGUACUUUGCGGUGUACCCCUACCGUGUGACGGGCGGCGAGCAGAACCGCGUCAAGUUCACGUUGAAGGGCGUGGAGGCUCCCCGCAACUUCUCCAACAGCUGCGGGGUGCCCGCUGGCUACAGCCAGACCACCAACUGCGCACUGGGAUUCCUGCUGGCGGCGGACGUGAUGCAGGCCUUUUACCAGGCCAGCCAGCAGUGGAAAUCGUUCAAGGGGGAGGACCGGCUCAUCAGCGGCUUCUUCGAGAACGUGCUCGCCAGCGACGAGCGGCCCCUGUGCUCCGACACCGAGCUGCAGCAGCACCUGGCGCUGCGCUACCCGGCCUACCUUGCGGCAUGCACGCUGGGGUGGGAGCUGGCGCUGGGGCAGGUGGCGGCGUGGACGGUGGCGGUGGAGCGAACAGCGCAGGCGGCGGUGGGCGUGGGCUUCCCGCCGCAACUGCGGCUGCCGAAACCCAGUGUGGACCCCUUCCCGCUGCAGCUACCGCAGCAGCCGCUGCUGCCCUUGGGCUCGCCCGCGGAGCAGCAACAGCAGCAGCAACCGCAACUGCCGCCGGCCCCGCCUCAACCGCACCAGCAGCAGCACCAGCACCCGCACCAGCAGCAGCAGCAGCAUCCCUUGGCUGUGCAGGAGCUGCUGCCACCGCCCUCUCCUGUGGGCCACGCAAUGGGCGGGUACGGCUACCCGCCGCCUCCGCCCCCGGUAGCAUCCGCCGCAGCGGGCCCGUCAGCCCAGCAGCCCUCCUACAUGCAGCUGUUUGCGGCAGCUGCCGGCCAGGUGCCGGCAGAGCUAGGUGGCGGUGGCGGCGCGGACCCAGCCCUGCACCGCACCUGCAGCGACGCCACCGUACAGUCGCCCUUUGCCGUGCUGCAGAUGGAGGGUCGCCACCCCAACAUGAUCUGGCCGGGGCCCGCGCUGCAACCCUAUGACAUGCAUUACCUGCAUGCAGCAGCACCUCACCCGCAGCAGCACCCGCAGAUCCAGCAACCGCAGAUGCCUCAGCAGCACCAGCAGCAGCACCACCAGCAGCAGCAGCAGCAGCAGCCCGAGGGUGUGGAUGGCCUGACCGACAGCAUCCACGUUAUGUCAUUGGAGGAGGGGACGAUUCAGCAGCGGGGAGGCGUGUUCGGGCUGAUGGCCGCCGCGGCUGCCUCCGAGGCCGAGGCAGCACCCCACCACCAACACCAGCACCAGCAGCACCACCACCAGCACCAGCAGCACCACCACCACCACCCUCCUGGGGGGCGGCCCAACGAGCCGCAUGGAGCAGCAGGACGCUACCUGGACGCUGCCCACAUGGCGCCCGCCGGCCCGCCGCAGCAUUACUACCACCAGCACCAGCACCCUCACCAUGGGACAUCGCCCAUGGUGGGGCAUGAGCUGCACAUGCCGCCUCGGACCCCCGGCACACACCCCGUGAUGGCCACGGGUGUCGUGGAAACGCGUGUGAAUGUCAACACGCCCCAACCGCCCGUCACGACUACCACACAUGCGCAAGAUGGAGCGGGCCCGCAUGCAGCAGCAGCAGCAGCAGCCGCUGCAGGCGGGUCGGCUGCAUGUGUUGCUCACCAGCAUCCGCAGGCGAUCCAGCAGGGACAGCAGCCCCAGCCGCCGCCCUCAGCAGCAGCAGCAGCAGUCGACCUGGGCCGCAUCAUCAGCGAGGGCGUAUCCAACAUGCGGCAGCUGCUAGGCAGCCUGGAGCAGCUGUCAGCCGGCAAGCCCGACAUCCAACAACACUUCGCGGCCUACCUGCAGACGGAGGUGGCUUCGCUGCGCAACUUCAUCCAGUUCAUCAUCUUCAGCAGCGCACAGGUGUCAGCGGACAACUCCGGAGACCACGCCGCCGCACCGCCGCCGGCGAAGCGGCAGCAACAGGAGCCCAGGCAGCAGCCGCAGCAGCAGCAGCACGAGGCGAUGGCGGCGACAUGCACUGUCGAGCGGCGUUCUUCCCCCGGCUUCCAAGCUGGCAACGGCAGCGGCGGCAGCUCCGCUGGCCCAAGUAGCGCCUCAGGUGGCGCCACCGGCAGCGACGGCGGCGGAGUGCUGGGCGGCGCUGGCGGCGAUGGCGCCGCAGGGCACACGGUUGCAGCUGCAGCAGCUGUUGCGGCUGCCCCGGCCCCUUACGGCAACCCGCCGCCGCCACCGCCACCGCUAUGGCCCAUGCCCAGCGGCAGCUGUGGUGGCGGCGGCGGCGGCGACCAGAUGGAGACGUCGCUGUUACUCCAAGCCGGCAGCUCCUCCCUGAUCGGCCG